AUGCCGAAAAUGAAGAAAUUCUUUGGGUUCGCGAGGAAGAAGGAGCAGCCAUUGGGGUCUCGCUCUGGGGCCGCCUCCUCCUCGCUUAGUGCCGCCGUGGGUGGCGGGUACGAGCUGCGGAGCAAGGAUCUCAGCAAGCUGCACCGGGCGGCCGCCAGCGGGGACCUGGAGAAACUGCAGCAGCUUAUGAAGAAACAUGACCUGAACCAGCUGGAUAAAGCCAACAGAACACCUUUGCAUCUUGCCUGCGCCAAUGGAUGUACACAUGUUGUUACUUUCUUGGUAGACAACAAAUGUAGAUUAAAUCUCUGUGAUAAUGAUAACAGAUCUCCGCUGAUGAAGGCUGUACAAUGUCAGCAGGAGUUUUGUGCCAGUUAUUUGCUGCAACACGGUGCAGACCCCAAUGUAGUGGAUUUAAACAGUAACACUGCCCUUCAUUUUGCUGCCUCUACUUCAAGUUUAUCUAUAGCAGAACAGCUGCUUGAAUAUAACGCCAAUGUUGAUGCCCAGAACAAGGAUGGGAACACACCUCUUAUUCUUGCAGUAGCAGGAGGUAAUCAAGAAAUGGCAGAGUUUCUUCUUAAAAAAGGAGCAUCAGCACAUGCUAGGGAAAACUCAGGAAGAACACCACUAAUGACUGCUGCUUCUAAUGGAGAUGAUGCUUUAAUAAAUCUGCUCAUUCAAUACGGCGCUGAUGCUUCUGAUAAAGAUACAAAUGGAUGGACCGCGGAGGAUUAUGCUCUGAUGGGUGGAUAUUCCCAAUUAAGUAAAAAACUCCAUGGAUAUGGCAAUGGGAAAUAUGCACAAAAGCCCUCAUCUGAGAGUAGAAAAGGCCUGCCUAUCUGUAGCAGUCCAGAUAAAGAUGGAGAUAGUGGUUUGACAUUGGGUGCGCCUGCAACAAAUAAAGAAGUUGUAGAUGACGUAUCUGGAGAUUCAUCAAGCAAAACAAAUGACGACAGCUGGCUUUGUUCUGAAGAUGAAGAUUUAUUCACUUCUGGGAAACCACAGAACCAACGUCUGCCUGAGCUAGUGAAAGUUCAUGAGCACUUCAAGAAAUAUCUAGAUGAGAGAAGUAGCAUUAUCAGAACAGACCAUAUUGCCAGUUCAGAGCAAAAUAAUUCAGAUUGUGAAGCUGAAGAUGUGAAUAAGUGCUUUCCUAAGCCUUUGUCCCAAGCUAAGUCCUCCCCUCAGCCUGCCCAUUCCUCACUUGGCUCCUUUCCAAAACCUAUCCAGAUGUCUACUAGUCGCUUGGAUAACAAAAAUGAAACUGAAAAUAAUGAAUUGGCAAAAGAUAGAGCAGGAACUCUCAAUCCCAACAAAGAAGAGCUGAAAGAUCCCAAUGAUUCUUAUGCAAGCAGUGAGGAAGAAGAUGGAGAAUAUGUUGAUGAGGAGGAUGAGGAAGAAUUUGAUGAGGAAGAAGAGGAGGAAGAAUUUGAAAUGGAAGAAGAGGAGGAAGAAGGACUUGAAGAGGAAGAUGAAGGGGAUGAGGAAACUGGAGAUGACUUCAGUCAAGAAAAGGAGGAUGAAAACAUAAAAGAAAGUCUGGAUAAACUAGAAAAUGAAGAAGAAUACUUUGAAAAAUCAAAAAAGAGAGAACUGUCAGAAACUUUUGUUGAUAAUGAAAAUGUUGGGGAACAAAACUGUGGUAAUAGAAAUGUUCCAAUUAGUGGUAAUGAAAUGUACAGUGUGCACAAUGAAGAAAUACAGGAGUCAGCUGAUAUUCCUAUGUCUUUUAUAGCUGGGCAUGAAUGUUCAGUUGAAAAUAUACCUAUUAAGAGGGUGAUUAAUGAACUUCCAAGUCAUUCACUUGAAAAAGAAAGCACUUGUAAACUUGAAGGAAAAAAUAUGAAUAACCAUGAGCGUGAAGAAGAAAACACAGAAUUUCUGAAUCCUAAUGAAUUCCAAGGCACUGAAGAAAAUAAGAACAUACUGGAUAUGAGCCACCAAAGAUUUCACAAAGAAGAUCUUUGUUCAUCAGAGACUUUUGAAGUAACAACUUCUGCUAAAUCUGCAUUUUCAUCUCCUUUAAAUAAAGGAAGAAAUUCAAACUUGGGUGAUACUUUUGAAAGUGAUGAUGAUCCUGAGUCAGAAGCAGAACUUGAAAAUCAUAAAGCUAGAAAACAGAACACAAAAAACAGUAGUUUUGUGGAUUAUCAAAAUGCCACAGAAAAACAAAGCAAUCAUUUGCAAGAACUGGAACAAGUAGUAUAUGAACAAUUAGUACACAAAUGUGAACAGAGUAGGGAAGAAUAUCUGAAAGAAGACUUUCAGUCUAAUACAGAAGAAUCUUCAGAGGAAUUUGAUGAUGAUGAUGAAGAAGGAGAUGAAGAUGAGGAAGACAGAAAAGUUUCGGUUUUGGAUAGAAAUGUGAUUUGCUAUAGCAAUUCACAGGAUCAGAAUCCCUUGCAAGAUGACAGCUUCAAAAAAGGGAAGCAGUGCAAUGAACAAGAGGACAUCCAAGAAACUGAAAAAGAUGAGAACAAGUGCACUUCAGAAAGCCCUGGAAAAUCUACUGUUGAUUUUUUGCCUAAAUCGUCUGCCAAAGAUACAGUGCACAUUCAUGGGGUUAUGGAAGAUUCAUGUGAUGGAAGAUUGCAUGAUAGUCAGGGAUCAGAAGGAACAGAGAACACAAAAAAGCAAAAAUCAAAGUUAAUGGAAGAACUUGGUUUAGAUGAGGCAGAUGUUAAUGAAGAUGAGUCCGACUGGGAUUCAACCAGCAUUUCACUUCAAAGUGUACCCUGUGCUAACCCUUUGUAUCACCUUGUGCUGGAAGAUAAUGGCAGAAAUGAUGCUCCAACCAAAAAAUCAGAAAUUAUUCCUGUGGGAGUCAAACUGCCUGAUGCUCAAACAGUAAUUCCUUUAGAAGGGAAGCAGUGCAAUGAACAAGAGGACAUCCAAGAAACUGAAAAAGAUGAGAACAAGGAUAAAAAUGUAGUAGACGCAUGCAACUGUAUAGAAAAGGCAUCACUUGAAAAUCAGACUGACAAGGCAGAGGUUUCGUUCGCUUGUGAGAAAAAGGAAACUGAAACAGCAAUGCAUAUUGAAGAAUCAGACGGUGACUUCAAUCAGUGUGAUGCAGCUCUCUGGGAAGAAAGAUACGAAAAAAUGUGGGUUACAAAUGAAAAAAGGGAAAUCAAAACCUGUUUUAAGAGCAUCACAGCAGAACUAAAGCAGAAGUUUGGUGAAAUUGACAUAAAAGGGGGAGAAAGUAUUACUCCUAUGGAAGAAAGAUCACAAGAUGGCUUCAGUGGUGUGUUGGAGGGCCUAACUGAAUUGCCAUCCUUCCCUCAGUCUAAAGCUACCAUUGACAUACAAGACAAGGGCGAUUCUAGAAAUUUAAACUCUGUCAUUGCAGGGAAAAAAUUCAGCACAGAAAACGUAACUUCAUAUCCUAUAAAUUGUAGUUCUCAAAAGUUUCUUCCUAAGCAGUGUGAAAAUGGUCAACAGAAUGUUCAUCGAAACCAGAGUUCAAAGAAUGAGAUGUUGUCAGAAAUAACAGAAGCAGGUGUACAUGGACAAGGAAAAGACAAUACACUUGUACAAGUGGGAACAAAUGUGGGGAAGAUUACAGCAUGUACCAGAAGGCCUGCCUUCACAGACAAUGCAAAAAUGCUUUCUGAUAUAACGAAAAGUGCAGCGCAAAAAAGCCUACACCCAUUUUACAGUGGUGUUUCCAGAGACUUUGCAGUCAGCAAUUAUAAAGAUGUUGAGACUGAAAUUGGGAAGAAUGUUAAAAACGCUGAACAGUCCUGCCGCCAGAUAUCAAAAGAACUGGAUAAAGAACUAGAAUGUGAUGUUGUGAGAUUUAAGAAUGAGGUAGGAAUGCUGCUGACAGCGUUCCUGGCUUUGGAGAAAGAAAAGGCCCAACUACAGAAAGAGGUUGAAGAGGAAAAACAAAAGCACAAAUGGGAGGAAUUAGAGGCUGCAGGAAAAAAUGAAAAUUCAGCUAUUGACAAAAGUUUGGGUGUGAAUACUAUUGAACAGAAAGUGGAAGAAAAGCUUACUGUAAAGGAAAAUCAGUGUAUUGAAUCAAAAGGAGAAAUGUUAGGGCAAAGCCAAGUAAAAAACAUAAUUUCCUCAGUGGAAAGGAGGGAAUUAAUUCAACUACCUGCCAAGAGCACAAAGAAUGGGAGAAAAAGUGAAAACAAAAGGCGGAUCUCAAAACAACGGGCCAGUCAGCAGACCAGUGAAAAUCCGCAUCAGCUACAAGAUGAUAGCAGUUUGAGUGAAACAUCUGUGGAAGAAGUGAGAAAAUCAGCGAGAACUAUGAAUGGGAAGAAUAAGAUUCCCAGAACAGUGGGCAUUACUAAUACUCUUGAUGACUUAACUCAGUCUUCUGAUACAGCUACAGAGGAUUUUACUAUGCCUGCAUCAGUCUCUAGAGAGGCUGAGAUGUUGAUAGAACAGCUUAGUUUGGAUAACACAGGUUCUGUAAGUCUUCUGAAAAUUCAGAAUGUAGUUCAUGGAUAUGAAUGCUUAAUUGAACAUGAAAAGGGACGUUACGCUCAGUUGCAAGGAAAAGUUAAAAAAAUUGAGAAUGAGAAGAAGGAGCUGCAGAGAAUACUGGAAGAAAUGAGAGAAGUUAAAUCUCUGCUGGAUCAUCAAAAAGUACAAUGGGAAAGCGAUAUGAGCAGUCUGAAAUUUUCCUUGAAACAAGCAGAAGAAAAGAAGAUGAGUGCUGAAAUGCUAUAUGAGAAAAGUCAACAACAGUUAAGGAAGAAAGAAGAGCAGUACUAUAAAGAGAUGGAGGAAAAACAGCAGCUAGAGUUAAUGCUGAGAAGUCUAGAAAUGGAGUUGAGAACUCUGAAAAACCAUUUGAAACAGGUUGAAGAACAUCAUAAUGAAACACAGCGACAGCUCACCCAAGAACAGAAUGCUAGAGCUCUGCAAAAGGGUAUUUUGAAUACCCAUCUCUGGAGGCAAAAAGAAUUGGAAGACGAAUCAAAAAGAACAUUCGCUAAAAGCUCAGAGAUGGCUGAUCAUCAUGACCAAGAAAAGGAUCUGUUAUACAAAAAUCAAAUUGUCCAAGAUGAACUUGCUGUAUUAAGACUAGAGCUUGACCAGGUAAGAGUUCAGCAUCGGGAAGAAGAAACCAGGUAUUCAGAAGAAAACGAAGCUCUAAAAGAAAAAAACGAAGAACUUAAAAAAGAGUUGAAACUAAAUGAAGAGGCUUUGACUCAAACAGUUCUUCAGUACAAUGGACAAAUAAACGUAACCAAAACAGAAUGUGUCAUGCUAAACUCUAAGUUAGAGCACAUGAAAGAAGACAAAGAAAGACUGGAGGUGGAGCUUGAUUCAUUUCGUUCCCGUUUGAAUUUCACCACUCAGGAACUAGAACGGACUAGUGCAUCAAAGAAUGAUCUUGAACGAACACUGCAGCGAGAGCGUGAUGACUGGGUUCAUUUAAAAGACAAAUGGAAUCAAGAUCUGUUUAAUCUACAGGAGACCAACAAGAGCAUGUCUCAGCUGUUGGGUAGAACUGAAAGCAAAGCGAAUAGCCUAGAAAAUGAACUGCAUCAUGUAACACACACACUCCGAGAAAAGAACUUACAUAUUGAAAGUAUUCAAAGGGAUCUAAGUCAAGCCCAGUGUCAAGUGAAGGAACUUGAAAAUGCACGGCAAAUGGAAAAGGAUCAAAUAAACAAAUACGCGGUAAAACAGGAAUCUUUGCAAGAACGAUUGGCACAGCUCCAGAGUGAAAAUCUUUUACUCCGUCAGCAACUUGAAGAUUUUCAAAACCAGGGUAUUAUUAAAGAAAGAGUAGUGAGCAGUGUUCAAGAUAGAUUUAAUGAUAUUUUUACUAAACUCAGAGCUGAUAGUGAAAAGCAAGUACAAAUGAUAGAAGACAGGAAUAAGGAGUUAACCGCAAAAUGCAAUAAUUUAAGGGAUCAAGUCUUUAAAUAUGAAACAGAAAAAGCAGAGAGAGAGGGUGCACUAAGACAACUGCAGCAAGAGCUGGCAGAUUCUCUUAAAAAGCAGUCCAUGUCAGAAGCUGCACUUGAAGUUACAACCCGCUAUCGUAAUCACUUAGAGGAGGAUAAACAGGAGCUUCAAAAGGAAAUCGAAAGGAUAAAAUCUAAGCUGCAAGAGUCAGAAGAACAAUAUAUCCAUUCCCAAAGGUGUAUUCAGGAUUUGAAGAGUGCUUUGGAUGCUAAGGAAAGUGAAGUGAGUGUGGUGCCUCAGAAGUUACAAGACUUGCUGUUAGCAUCAUCAGGAGCAAAUACUGCUGUAAAACAUUUGGAAGAACAUAUACAAAGAGUUGAAAUAGAAAAUGCCAGAUUGGAAGCUACAAACAAAGAGCAAACUAGCAGAAUUGAGAUACUUCAGAAAGAUCUGCAGGAAAGUGCCUCUGUUCAUAAUCGUCUUGAGGAACUAAUAACUGUCUUGCAAACAACAAAAAAACAUUUAGAGGAACAACUAAACCGUCAGGUCCAGAAACAAACUAUGCUAUCAGUAACUGCCCAGGAUACUUACAGCAUGUGGGAAGAAGAACUGAAGUCAAGAUCAAAACUUGGAGCUCGCCUUUCUGAGCUUGAUAGAGAGAAGACGGAGUUACUAGCUCAAUUUAACAAUGAGAAGAAGAAAGUGAAAAAACUAGCAGAGUUAAAACGGUCACUGGAAAUUCGGCUAGGUCAAGAAAUGAAGAGAAACAGUGAAUUACAUAAAGAAUGCAAUGGAAUUAAGAAGCUCUUAAGGACAACUAAAAAGAAACUGAAAGAAUAUGAGAGUGAGGAGAACUCAUCUCAAACUACCUUUCAGGGAGAAAUGAAGACCAGAUACUCAGUAAUAGACAUAGAAGUUGGAAAGCUAAAAACAAAGAUAGAAGAACUUUCUCACCAACUGGAGGUUGAGUCAACUAGGUGUACCCAGUUAGAAUCUACAAAUCAUGAUCUACAAGAACAGUUGUCUUCUGUAAAGAUACUCCAUAAGGAUUAUGACAAACUGGAGAAAAGCAAACUGCAGCUAGAAAAUGAGGUCGCUAAUCUCAAACGUCAUGUACAGAGUAAUAUGAUGGACUUCAACCAAAGAGAACAGUACAAGAGAGAAGUUGAAGAGCAAGCUAGGCAAGAAAUCAGACAAAAACUGGAAGAAGUCAAUUUGUUUUUGCAGACACAGGCAGCCUCACAAGAAACUUUGGAACAAAUAAGAGCUACUAAUAAUGCUUCCCUGAAAAAUCAACUGGAACACAGAAUUGGUGAUCUAGAAUCUGAGCUGGCCAGACUAAAAAACAGUCAGCAAGACAAUAUCUUUCAUAGAGAGUCUACACAUACAGAACUGGAAAGAUACAAAGGGCUGUAUUUAGAAGAGCUGAAAAUUAGAAAGGCUUUGGGAAGCAAACUGGAUCGAACUAAUGAGAAAUUAUCAGAAGCCAGUGCCAAGCUGCUUCAUGAACGUCAGAGAAACAAGUCUUUACUUGCCAGCAGCUUUGUAAGUGGAAGCCUUUCAGCAAGUCCAGUCUUGGAAACAGUUCCGUUUGGAAAUCUUAGCAGUAAUCUAGCAUUAAAUAGAACUCUUAGCCUUGGAGGAGGAUUCAUGAACCCAUCUGGAAAUGCAUUAUCCUCAAAAAAUAGAGUGGAGGCUUACUUGGCAAAGAUGCAGGUGGAACUAGAAAAAAAUAUCACCAGAGAACUAGAUCAAGCCACUGCUGAACUUGAUGCUGGAUCUGUUAGAGUCACCCCUGUGGGAUCAAUUGAUGGAUCUUCAAAAAACUUAAACAUGGAACAAGAUCAAGUUUCAAAGGCAACACAGCAGUAUCUAGAUGUGUUGAAGAAAAAUUACAUGAUUUAAAUCAGUUGUAAACUGGUAGAUAGUUUUAUGUAACUUUAUA